CAAGAAGAAUUCUGCGUGGUAGCCUGCGUGGCUGCGUGGCUGCGUGGUGCGUGGUUGCGUGGUCGUCAGCGUGGUCGACAAAUUGCGGGGCUCCCAUCAAAAGUUGAUCGAGUCCAUCAAACACGACUCGAGAGUCGACGUAUUCCGUUCUUUUCUGUCAAUCCUCGCAUAGAAUCAGUUUGAUUGUCAAUACCUGUAAGAUUUAAAUAUGACAGCUUUGGUGGGAUUUCGAAAUGCUUCAAAAUAUGGUCAAUAUCAUGAAAUUUUCGAACUUGAUUGCCAAGUUUAAGAAGAUCAAAUGUAUUCUAGCUGAAGUAAAUAAUUUUACGGGUAUCCUAACAGUAUGAAAAGGCCUUAGAGGUGGUCUGCUAAGCUAUAAGUAAUAAGGCACACAAUGUGGGGUUCCCAGUGAAGAGGAUAACAUGAGAAGGAAUACGGAUUUCUUUGAUGUGAAUGACACUGAAGAAACAAGCCAAUCAAGAGGCAAUUAUACGAAGGAUGUACUUUCUGAGGGUAACCUUAUAUGGGCUGGCGUGGUCUCUAUGUGAAGCCUGCGUGGUUGCGUGGUUAGUCAGCGUGGCUGUGCGUGGUCAGCCUGCGUGGUGUGGCUGCGUGGCUGCGUGGUUGCGUGGCUGCGUGGUACGCAAGCGUGGUUGGUUGCGUGGUCCAAGGUAUACCCGUACAUAAAGAAAGGUUGUUCUUGUGGAAAUUAAAUGAUCGGUUUGGUAGUAUUGGAGC